AAAACCCACAAGCUCCGCAGUAUAAAUAGUCCCAGCAUCCAGCAUUCAAGGUCGUCAUUUCCACCUGCUCACUUCCCCGUGCAAGAACAUGGCAGUUCUCCUCGCAUUAAUGGCGGCGAUUGCCGUAGCGUCAGUAUGUCAAGCGGCUCCGGUCUCAGAUCCUCACCAUAGCUUGUAUCGGAAUGCGGCUUCCGGCCCUCUGAACAACAACCACCAGAGCCAGUUUGAUGUCAACUUGCCGGGAUUUCUGAGAGUGAGCGGACAACACAACUACCCGUACGGUUAUCAUCCGGCCCAAGCGAUUGUCCCAUUCCAGCCGCAACAACAGCAACAGCAGCGUUGGUUGCCUUCCAGAUUCCCUACUUUUGGCGGAUUCAAUCCAGCAACGGCGAUUCCGCCACUUUGUUUGCCUUGUUCCAACACGAGCUGGCCAUUUUUCGGCAACCAGCGUAACUCUCGUCAGAAUCGUUUGCUUUUUCCUUCCUUCAGCUUGAACGCUGCUGGAUCACCUACCAACAACCAAGGAUCGUCUUCAGCCACGGACUGGAUGAAUUGGUGGACCAACCCUCUGGGCUUCUUAUUCCCGCAGAACCCAGUCCCACAAUUGCCAACGCUUCCUUUUUGGACCACCAUUUUCUGCUGUAAUUCAACUACCAACAACAGCACCCGCCCGGCAACAACUACAACCACACCUGCGACAACAGCAAUUCCAUUAACAACUGCAACCCCUUCUACAACUACUGUAGUUCCACCUACAACUACCGCAGUUCCGCCAACAACUACUGCAGUCCCACCAACAACAACUUUGGUUCCUCCUACAACUACUGCAGUCCCGCCAACAACAACCGUAGUUCCCCCAACAACAACCGUAGCUCCGCCAACAACUACUGUAGCCCCGCCAACAACAACUGUAGCCCCGCCAACAACAACCGUAGCUCCGCCAACAACAACCGUAGCCCCGCCAACAACUACUGUAGCCCCGCCAACAACAACUGUAGCCCCGCCAACAACAACUGUAGCUCCCCCUUCAACAACACCUCCACCGGAAAGGUCUUUAGAGUCCGGCACCAACAGCGAGUCCCUCCCAACGGAUACGAUUCCGCUUUCCGGAAUCAAACUCUUGAUGAAUCUUUUCCCUCCUAGUUACAUCAGUUUUCUCCGUCGCUAAUUAUUAAUUUUUUUGUUUCCCUAUCACUGUAAUAACUGACAUCUUGAGAAAUUUGCAUCCGGUUUUUGAUUAUGUGUUUGCUUUGCUAUAACAUGUUUAGCUACUAGAAAUGCCUUUUUCUCCCCAUGUUGGAUAAUUUAUGCGCAUUGCAUUUAAAAAGUCCUCGCCUCGACGAAAUUUUCGUGCAACUUUAACGUAAAAUACAAAACAAUUUUCUACAUCCUUA